GAAGUCCACGACGCGUCUCUGCGUGCGCGCUCUGCCUCAGACUAAUGACCCUCGCUGCAGGACAUCCUGAAGAUACGAAGCAGUUGUGUAGUUGGAGCCGCAGCAAUGAGCUGCAGGUUUUUAUUUCCGCUCUGAGGUUGACCUUUACUCCUGGGACGCAUGUCGUCCCUACACUCACAGCCACUUCCUGGAAGUCACCACUGUCCGCCGCAGGAUGGGGCAAAGAUUCUGUCUCGUCUGAAUUUGCUCCCUCCAGAAGAACUUGUUCCAAGUCCUGCAGCAGCUGAAGUGGUCAGAGUACUCCACUGUACCCAGAGACCACCCAUCAUGGAGGUCAGACCCUGUCAAAGGCACAACGUCAUCAGAUUUGUUUUCCCAAAGUACGGCCGCAUCUUCCUGUUUUUGAUUGUGUGUGUUCUGAUCUUCAUGCUGUUCUCUACGGACAUCACAGAGAAUAAAUCCAAGCCCAUUAUCAACACUCCAGGAAGUGUCACCAGCCGCCACAGCUUGUGCAGCUUUCGACCGAUUUCCCCUGAAGAGGCUCUCGAGGAAAAAUCCAUACUUAAGUCCAUUACUUGGCCGAAAUCUCCAUCUCUGGGACCUUAUUAUACUCUGAGAAGUACCAGCCACCCAGCCUGUAGCAAUUUCACCAUUCUCCCAAGAAGAGGAGGAGGAAGCUGGCGCAUCGGGGAUCAGCUCGAAGUCUUGAUCCAAAUACGGGACUACCACUGCCGCCCCAAGAAGUAUGGCGGGGACGUCUUACUGGCUCGUCUUCACAGUCCUGCUCGUGAGGCCGGUGUGGCAGGAAGAGUGGUGGAUCACCUCAAUGGAACCUACUCUGCCGUCUUCCCCCUACUCUGGAGAGGAACUGCAAAGGUUGAGGUGACGCUGGUUCACUCCAGUGAGGCAGUCAAAGUGCUGAGCAGGCUGACCAGCGAACACCCCGAUCGGAUAUUCUUCAAGAGCCUCUUCCGCUCGGGCUCGGAGACUCACUUCGCCGUGUGCAACGUCUGCCUGCGGCCGAGCCGCGCUCCGCUGUGCAACUACACCGACGUCCGCACGGGCGAGCCCUGGUUCUGCUACAAGCCGAAGAAUGUCAGCUGUGACGCCAGGAUCAAUCACUCCAAGGGAGGAUUCGAACAGAAACUCAGGCUUAACGAAGAGAAUCUCUUCGUAAGUGACGUCAACAUGAAGGUCCCCAUUCUGACGACAGGAUCAUCUCGUGUGUUCACAAAGCCCGACAUGCUCGGUAAACGUAUUUCCGUGAUGAGCAGCAGCAGAUGGAGACCUUCUGGUUUUUACUACCACGGUGUGUGGAGAUCACUCGGUGGAGCUGCGGUUCAGCAGUUCACCCCCGAGCAGAUGACUCGGUGUCUUCAAGGCAAGAAGGUCCUCAUGUAUGGAGACUCCACCAUCCGGCAGUGGUUCGAGUACCUGAAUCAAACGUUGCCAGCUAUCAGGCAGUUUGACCUGCACACCUCGAAGCAGACCGGACCCCUGAUGGCCAUGGACUACACCAACAACAUCAUGGUGACGUUCCGCUGCCACGGCCCCCCAAUUCGUUUUGGCCUAGUCCCGAUCGGUGAGCUGCGUUACAUAGCCAACGAGCUGGAUAGUGUUAUCGGAGGCAGCGACACCGUCAUAGUUCUUGGCAUAUGGUCGCACUUCAGCACUUUUCCCAUGGAGGUCUACAUCCGACGGUUGAUGAGCAUCCGCAGGGCGGUCGUACAGCUUCUGGCCAGAGCUCCGGAGACUGUGGUCAUCGUACGAACCGCAAACCUCAAAACUUUGACGCUCUACGAGACGCUGACCAACAGCGACUGGUACUCAAUGCAGCGUGACAAGGCGCUCCGAGCCGUGUUCAAAGGUACCGGCGUUCAUCUAGUGGACGCCUGGGAGAUGACGCUCGCUCACCACCUGCCACACAACCUCCACCCAGAUCGUCCCAUCAUUAAAAACAUGAUCAACGUGCUUUUAUCAUAUGUCUGUCCAGCAAUCCAUCCGUCCAUCAAUUUUUAACCACUUAUCCAAGACCGGGUCGCAGGGGAAGCAGUCUAAGCAGGGAUGCCCAGACUUCUCUGUCCCCAGACACUUCCUGCAGCUCUUUAGGAGGAUACAAGGUGUUCCCAGGCCAGCCGAGAGACAUAGUCUCUCUAACGUGUCCUGAGUCCCUGGAGUCUCCUCCCAGUGGGACAUGCCCGGAACGCCUUCCCAGAUAAGCGUCCAGGAGGCAUCCUAAAAAGGUUCCUGAGCCGCCUCAGCUGGUUCCUCUCGAUGUGGAGGAGUAGCGACUCU